UCAAUACCACCCAGCUGGUCCUUAAAUCACCUCAUUUAUAUUAUACUCAGUGUGUGGUAGAGUAAAGAGAAGGCAGUUUUAUCUAAUGCAAACAAAAUCCUGUAAGAUCUCACAAAAAAAAAAAGAUCUCACACUUAAAUCCUUCAAGAUCACCUCAUUUGUUGUCUGAAUGCCCCUUCAGGCUUCUUUCUUCUCAGGUUUACUACCAAUUAGCAUUAUUUAAUAGUACAAUUUCCUGUAAUUAUACUGGAUAUUGCUCAUAUUGUGACUAAGACUAUGGAUUUUAAUCACCACUUCAUAUUAAGAAAAUGUGACUUUUCUGGUAAAGGACACUAAAACAUCCUUUAAAGGUGUUUUGUAUCCUCACAUGGUGCCAUUUUUUUAUUUCUGGGCAAAUAUGUGAAUCAUGGCACAAAUAUUUAAUUAUAUAAACAUAUAUUUUAUAUUUCAUAUUAAAACCAGGGCAGCUUUACUAUUUUUUUCUUCUUGAUGGCAGCACUUUCUCCAAAUUAGCUACACACUCAAGGAAGGUAAGUCUUUUAACAUAAAAACAGUUGUUUGCGAUAUAUCCUGCAUUGUUAUAUUCUGGGCACAUUUUGUGUGUUUGUAAUUAUAAUUUUUGAUAUUAGUGAGACAAAAUGGAUGUUAUAAUGUCACACUGAGGUAUCUCCAAUAGAGUGAGACAAGCAGAAUAUAUUGUCAAUGAUAUAUAAGUGUCGACCAUAACACUAAACUUCACAUUUAUAGAUGUUAGACCGUGAUGCACUGCGAGCCAAUGUUGCAUAAAGCAGACUGGUAGAAAAAAAUAAUUAAGUAGGAAUUGAAGACAGAAUCACUUCAUAACAACAUAGUUGUUUAAUUGCAUUAAACAUCAAACGGAGAUAGUAUCUCAGCUCAGGGUUGGCUUAUUUGUGGAUUAUUCAGCUCAAGUGCAGCUUCGCAACAUAGUUUUGUAAACAGUGAAGUGAAGCUUCUCUGCAGCACUCAAAGGUUGUCUCUACUUAUCUCUCCGGCAAAAGUUGCAAAUAGACACCGUGUCCCACGAAGGACGUGAGACAGCUGCUUCUAUUAAUACCCUAGUCAGCCCUCUUUACCUACCACGAGUUCCCUGUGCCUUGUUCCUUUCUCACCACAGCGAGCCCUGCUCCUGACAAUAACAAAGCAUCCGGACAGACAGCAACACAGAAGAUCAACAAAGCAGCAGCAGCUCCAGAGGAGGCAAAACGCUGAAACACAGAGCUGUUUGAAAGCAGCUCUCAAUAACCAACCAAGAGACUCGCACACCUGCUGACACAGAAAACAUGAAGUCCCUGCGAUUCCUCGCUGCCGAGGGCUUCAUCCAGACCGGUCCGAGUGCUCUGGAGAACCUCAGCUGUGUGUCUUUCAACCUCUACCCACUUGUCUUCAAGGCCUGCUACCUCCAUGAGCAGGCCGACUUGCUGCAUGCUUUGGUCCAGACUUGGCCUCUUCCUGAGCUCAACCUACAAAGACUCCUGGGAAAGACAAUCGACUGUGAGUUGGAUCUCACCUCCUGCACCUGCCGGCUUUGUCUGGUAGCAGUUCUGACUGGCCUAAAGGAUUAUGUGCUGUCUCCUCCAAGAACUUAUGCCAAGAACCUGCAUGUGGUGGACCUGACUGCCCUUAAGGACAUUGAGCAGCAGACCUGCCGCUGUCGGUCCACGCUGGGUCGAUGGGCGAGAACCCAGCUCCUGACCCAAAUGUGCUAUGAGACCAUGGUGGCCAUGCAGGCCAGUGAUGUGUCCCGAUCCGCCUUUGAAACCUCCAUCGACAUCCGUCUGAACGGCUUCGUCACCGGCCGCAACUACGAGCUGGUGGCUCAGGCCUUCCUGCUCCUCCGCUACUGUCCUCUGAAGCUUCAUUUUGUCAGUUUCCGGGCUGAUUCUCUCGCUCUCAAGCAGCUGUUCUACAUUCUUCGCCUAGCAGAGCCUGAGUCCAUCACAAAGCUGGAAGUGGUCCACAAUGUCCCCCUGGAGGCCACACAUCUGGAGGUGCUGCUGUCCAGGGUAGAAUUCCCUAAGUUGCAGUCUCUAACGCUGCCAGCCGGGGCCCUGGAUGUGAGGAGGCUGAGCUCUUUAGAUGGUGAUCUGCUGGCCACCAUUGGCAACCUGCUGGCACAGCUGAGCAGCCUCACUGAGCUCUAUGUCGGGUUUUCGACUCUCACUGGACACCUACGAAGGCUGCUGAAUCCUCUCAACAAACCACUGCAGUGUUUGGAGUUGGCCAACUGCUGCCUGAACCGCGUCGACAUGACAUACUUGGCCAACAGCCUCCACAGUGAGUCCCUGGUUAACCUGGACAUCAGUGGACAUGACAUCUUUGGCUCUUUCUCAACCUCCGUCCUCAAACUGCUCGGACGUUGUUCCACAACCCUGGUGAGCCUGGCCCUUGAAGAAUGCAACAUAGAGGACGAGCACAUUGACGCCUUCAUUAGUGCUCUGGCUCUCUGUCAGGGUCUGGAGGAGCUGAAGCUCCUGGGAAACCCUCUGACCUCUGCUGCCCUGCAGAGGUUAUUCUCCACGCUGUCUUCAGGGUUUCCUAAGCUCAGGUACAUAGAGUUACCAGUGCCUCGUGAAUGCUACUCGGAGGAUGUCACUUAUCCUCUUGAUGAUGCGGUCUUGCUGCGGUACAACAAGGAGUUGUUUCAGGACAUCAGGAGCCAGCUGAUGGGCAUCCUGGAGGGAGCUGGAAGAGGAAGUGUGGAAGUGUGUACUCCUCUCUUGGGGUCCUACGAUCCUGACAUUCAUGAAACCAGCAAUGAGCUGGGGGUGUCCAUGUUGAAGUCUUUUAAUACAGUCAUUGGGAAUUUCAUAGGUACAAUAACUGAUGUGGACAGCAGGAGAUCACAGGCUCACAAAAAUGACUGAGACUUCCUGUAGAAGGAUAAAUGAGCUGAAAAAAAGUCUUGAGCUCAGAUUUUUAUAUAAAUCUGGACAUAUGUGUAAAGCAGAUCUUCAAACCUUAUAGAAAUGUCAUUGUAUGUUGACUAUGAGGGGGCCUCUGGACAGUUUUUACUUGUGAGGAUGUGUUCUUAAGCUAUACUCAGCUGUCCCCUCUGGUCGGUGCUUGACUGGAGGCCUAGACUGUGAAUAUAGAUUUAAUAAGCCAGGUUUAUUUGGAUAUAGAUUAACAUCAUACAUGCAGGAAUUCCAUACUAUAUGGUUUUACUAUAUUAUCGCAUCAUAGAAUCCUAAUUUUCUUUCAACACCUCCUACAGUCUGUAAAACAGACAUACAUGCAGUGCAGAUAGUUGUAGCUACCCUUAUGGUUGUUGGUAACUAGGAUGUUUUGUUGGAUGUAUCAGUUGUUCAUGUUCUUAUGUCAAUAUUCUGAUUUAAAUUUUGUAUAUAACCUGAUUUGUAAACAGAACAACAAUGCAGCAUGUUGUAUGAAGCGUACAAAUGUGUUGCAUUUUGUCAUACCAGUGAAACAAAUCUUCACAUAACCCACUGCCCAUUACAUAAAAUGACACAUCCACAUCUUCUAAAAUGUACAUUUCUUUAAUGAGCACUAUCUGAUAUAGGUUACAUUUCAUUUAAAUAUUACACCAGAGGACGACCAUGCACGAACCGAAGACCAGAUUAAGAGUUGUGAUUAGAAAUUUUCUAUUUCUUCAUCCAUUCUUCUUUUUCUUUCCUCUCACGGAUCACCUCAUCCAGAUAGGGUGUCAGGUAAUGGACGUCCUGCGGACAAAAUAUAAAAAGGAAAACAUGACAUUGACAAGUGAAAUUAAGAUAAAUCACAGUUCAAAUCAGGUAGACAUGAUGCAAAAUUCAUUCAAACUCAAAUGACAUAGCUCAUUUAAAUUUUACAGUGCUUCAAAGCUGUAAUUUUCUCUGUUUUAAAGUUUUACAAUGUCAUACUUUGCACUGAGUUUUCAGCAGGUGAAUCAUGUUAAAGUAAGUUUGUAAUAUACAAAUGAUUUUGCAUCUAUGCGUGGCAUUUAAAACGGCAUAAUGAAAAGCAAUGCUCUACAUCUUUUUUCUUUAAAAAAAGACAAAACAUUAAAAUCUGCUCAUGCAAAUUUA